CGGCUCCGGCUCUCUGGGCCUCAAGCCGAAAGGAAGAGACACCGGAGAAGUUCCGGUACCCUCUGGGGUAGAAGAAGCUGCCAUGGAAGAGCCUGCAGCUCCCUCUGAAGCCUCUGAGGCACCUGGGGCAUCUGCGGGUGCCGAGGCAGCCGGGGAGGGUGCAUCUGGGCCUUCCCUCCGCACGCGCCCGGUCUUCCGGCAAUUUUCAGCUGCAGGUCCGGCCCCCCUCCGUGCGUCACGUCUGAGGCCUGCCCAGGCUGCAGGGGGAGGGGCUGGGCUCAGUCUCCUGCCGGGCCGCAGUGGUGGCAGCUGGACGAAGCAAGUCACCUGCAGGUAUUAUCUGCAUGGGCUUUGCAAGGAGGGGGAGAACUGUCGUUACUCUCAUGACCUCUCGGGCCGGCAGGUGGCCAGGGAGGGCCCUGGUCCUGCAGACCAAGGCCCUAGCACGGCUGCGCAAGCUGAGACCCUUCCUCAGGAAGUGGCGGAAGCCCCUCCCGCUGCAUCCUCUUUCUCCUUGCCUGUGAUUGGCUUGGCUGUUGAAGGGGGUUCCUUUGAAGCUGGGAGAGACAAUGCAGGCCUUGAAGCCGCUGGAGGAGCAGGUGCGGAAGGCUGGGAGAAUGCCAUUGAGUUUGUUCCUGGGCAACCUUACCGGGGCCGCAUGUUCCCUAUUGUUCCCAGCGCUCCUCCACAGAGCUCAGUGACUGAGAGGGAACAGAUUGCAGUGGGCAGGGGGCCGCCGCUUUGCCGGGAUGCUGCAAUGGGGCAGUGCUUUCGUGGGGAGAGCUGCAUGUAUCUCCAUGGAGAGAUAUGCGAUAUGUGUGGGCGUCAGGUCUUGCACCCUCUGGAUCCUGUGCAGAGGGAACACCAUAUAAAGGCUUGCAUUGAAGCACACGAGGAGGAUAUGGAACUCUCGUUUGCAGUGCAACGAAGUAUGGACAAAGUGUGUGGCAUCUGCAUGGAGGUUGUCUAUGAGAAAGCCAACCCCAGUGAUUGCCGCUUUGGCAUCCUCUCCAACUGCAACCACACCUACUGUCUUAAGUGUAUCCGCAGGUGGAGGACUGACAAACAGUUUGGCAACAGGAUCGUCAAGUCCUGUCCACAGUGCAGGGUCACCUCCAACUUUGUCAUUCCCAGUGAGUUCUGGGUGGAGGAGGAGGAAGAGAAGCAGAAACUUAUUCAGCAGUACAAGGAGGCAAUGAGCAACAAGACUUGCAGGUAUUUUGCUGAAAGCAGGGGUUUCUGCCCAUUUGGAGAGAACUGUUUUUACAAGCACGCAGACCCUGAGGGCCCGGGAGAGGAUCCUCAGAGGCAGGGUGCUGGGGAAUCCGGUGCUCACUGCAGUCAACUUUUGGAGCCUACUCAGGAUUGACUCAGUUCUAGUCUAGUGUUUACAGAAUUUCCACACUCAUUUUGAAGUCCCUCAAGAAUAAAUGUGACAGGGUGAAGGGAGAAGUCUUAACUGAACAAGGAGCUUUUUUGCUACUACAGCCUUAAGAAAUGGACCCUCGCAGGGCCUUUGUGGUACAACUGCUCAUCUUUGUUGUUUACAUGUCUGUUUCUUCCCUCAUUCCCCUUCAAGUGCACUCUUGAACAUGUGGUUACUUUGUGGUUUUGUGUUUUACUUGACCAGAACCAGGUGUGUAUGUUUACAUGUUUUUAUCCUGUGAAGCUUGAUGUGAAAUUAUUUAUAUUUGAAAGUAUAUAUUUAAUAAUUAUGUGUAUGGAUAUAAAUAUGUAUAAAAGUUCUAUCAUUGAAAAUAUAUAUAAAAGAUACACCAUCAUAUAAUAUAGUAUCUGGAAGAGCUGGAAGCUGACGGUGGAAAGCUAAUAGGAUUUGCUGUUGUGUUGAGUGUGAGGUGUGUAAAUAAUCAUUCUGUCCUUUUUGCAGGCUCAGUGGUUAGCAUCUAAUGAAAACAUAUUCAAGUGGCUGUGAUCAGUUGUAGCAGACACAGAUAAAGCAUUUACAAAUUAAGACAUUGGUAAUUCCUAUGAUGGCAUUAAUAGCUCACUGUGCUAUUAUACAUACAGAAAUGUGUGUUCUCAUGCUGUUUAGCACAGUAUCAUUAUUCCUUAUAACAACACAAUUAGUCCUAAACUCAGAUAAAUAGUUCCUUGUGUUCAAUAUUUUGUGUUAUCUCUAGAAAUUAAAAAAGGGGGCUUUUGACAAAAGUUUUCAAUAUAUAAGUGACAAGAUUGUGAAAGAUAGUAGAAUAACAAAAGUAUUGAAACCAGUUGUAAUAUAAGAAUGGAAAGAUUAAAAAAGUGAAAUAUCUAAAGGGACAAAAACUAAAUACAGUAGUGAUCAUAAGAAUAUAACACAUUAUGCUAUCAGGUUAAAUGGAUAUGGCUUAAAAACUAACACUCCAAGAUUAUCAGGCUUGAUUAAAAUUAAAAUUAAAUCAUAAGCUGUUUAAAAUACACAGCUACAACAUAAGAAUUCAGAAACAUUAAAAGUAAUAGGAUGAAAAAAUUAAGUAGCAAUCCUGUGACUUCUGCAAUAGAUGAAGUUGAUAUUAAGGAUAAACACAUUGCUGGAGAUAAAGUUAGUAUAUAAACAUUAAAUUAUAAUUUACCUGGAAGAUAGAACUUUUCCAAUUUGUAUUCAUUUAAUAACACAGCAUCAGAUAUACAAAUAAAUAAUUGAUAAGAAAAAUACAAAAUUUAAGUGGAUAGUUUUCAUGCAUUUUUUCAUUAACAGAACAAGCAAAUGAAGUAAAUUGAACAGCACAGUUCUCACAGUUUAUCUAAUAUAAAAUGUAUAAUGUUCUGUGUGGAUUAACUGCAAAAAGUUCUUCUUUUGGCUAAGAGAUGAAAACACACCAGAUUUAUGAGUUCCAGGAGAUCCAGACUUCCUGACUAUUCAGCAAAGACAGGGUACAUUUACAGAGUUUGUGCCAUGCACUAACACUCUCCAAAGCACAGAUUUAAUUCUCAGACCAAACUUAUGAAGUACUUGCCAUAAUUUUCUCAUAAUCCUAAUGAGGUAAAUAAGGUAGAGAGGUUAAAUUACUUGCCCAUAUGGCUAUGACCCAUAGGUUUAAAUUAGUGGAACCACAAAUGGAACUCAGUGGUAUAUUUGCAGAACACAGGCACCAUGCUUCCUCUUCCCUCACCUACAUGCCCAGAAUCACCCGGACCAGCUGAAUAUUGUUAAUGGUAACCUGUGUGCAGUCUUUAAGUAUGGAUGGCUCAGCCACAUGGGACAGAUAAAUUAGCUCCUAAGAGAAUGUGGGGGCUAUGGGGCUUUGUCUUUUGUCUUACAGACUCAGAAUUUCUCAGUCCCUUACUCGUAAUAUGCCUCAGCCUCCCAAAUUUUACACUGCCUCUCCCUUCUUACAGGAUUCCCGAUUUUAUUGCUAAGUAUUUCAGUGCAUUUCACUAGCAUCUUUGCCAUAUUUCUUCCGAAUUGAUUCUCUUAUCCAAAGAAUUCACCAGUCAAGAGGCUGUGAAUGCCUCACAAUUACUUUCAUGCGGGAUGAGUGAUUCCAAACAAAAUUCAAACAUGCUGGUUACCCCUGAGGCCACCCCAGGCAUGCAGGGGAAAGAGGGCUCAGAUGAUCAAACGACCAAAGAAAAGGACCAGAUGGGUCUCUCAAAGACUGUACUGACACCAAAGUCUCAUGAGCUUUGAAUAGUAGCUAAGCUGCUAUUAAGGGGGGGGGGGGGUUAAGCUGAGCUUGAAAAGCUUUGAAAACUUUGUCCUAAUCUACAUUACCUAAUGUUCUGAAAUAGCAUGUUUUUAUUCAAAUAGCAUCUUGUAACAAUCAUAAUAAAGUUCAGCAGAUAUAGUAGAACAAGAAUUGGCAGAAGAUAUAGUGGUUUUGGUGACAAUGAAUAGAAUUAGAAUCCUGACUCUGCUUCUUAACAGCCAUGAAGUCUGGAACAAGUUACUUAAAUCUUCUAUACCUCAGUUUUUUUUCUAAUAUGAGAAGUGGGUACAGUACCACCUAUUUUGCAGGGUUGUUAAGAUGAUCAGGUGUAAUCUGGACAAGGAACUUGAAACAUAGAUGGUAUUUUUAAAGUGGCAUGUGUAAAAGUAGUAUUUAUGCAUAUUUGUGACCUCAGAAGAGCUUGUGCAAGAAUUAAUACUCCACGAAGUUUUUUCUCUUCUGAAAUCUUUGGAACUUGUGUUAAAGUUAUUAAAAUUAUUGCUUUAUGAUUUUUUUGUAGCAUGGGGGCACAUUACCUUUAUAGUCAUAAUUUCAAAAGGAUUGAGUAAUUUUUCAACAAAAGUCAUUCAGUUAAAACUAAAAAUGUGCUAUUCUUGAAAUACAGUAAGCAACAAUAAAAAUAUGUAUUAUUUGUGAUUGAUGUCUACAUGAGGAAAAUAAAUAAAAUAAUGUU